AGAAAACAAAAAAUGAGUUUCUACUGUGGGAUGAAGACAAUUUCUAUUUUUCUCUUCUUCUUUCUUGUUUCGGCAUUAGUCUCUGGGAAGAAAGAUGGUGAUGUAAUUGAGUUGCAGAUUGGCGUGAAGCAUAAACCAGCAUCAUGUGAAGUUCAGGCACACAAAGGUGAUAGAGUCAAAGUACACUAUCGGGGAAAACUCACUGACGGAACUGUUUUCGAUUCUAGCUUUGAAAGAAAUAAUCCAAUUGAAUUUGAGCUUGGUAGUGGUCAAGUGAUCAAAGGGUGGGACCAAGGAUUAUUGGGAAUGUGUCUUGGUGAGAAGCGGAAGUUGAAAAUACCAGCAAAACUUGGCUAUGGAGAGCAGGGUUCCCCACCCACUAUUCCAGGUGGGGCAACACUUAUAUUUGACACUGAGCUUGUGGGAGUGAAUGACAAAAGUUUAAUCGAAGAAAAAUCAAACUCCGAACUCUAGACACAUCAAAAGAAAUGGAAAGUUAGACUUUUGGCUAUUUUUUUAGCUUAUUUUGUUUCUUAAUAAUGCUUUGAUCGCUAAGGUUUCACUGUUUAAUGCUGAAGCUAAUUUAGAAAGAUUUGGCUGGUGUACCGUAUCAUUCGAAAUCAUCUACCUCUAGUAGUAUUUGAGAAGUUUCAUGGUAAUGUUUGUCAUUUGAUCUGGUAUGUUU